AAUGUUGCCUUGCUGUUGUGUUUUUGAUGUAACUGUUUAUAUUUCCAUUACAAAGACCGUACUCGUCUUAGGUGCUCGCUAGAUGGCGCUGUAUGGGAUUCGUAGGUAGGCGCUAAGCUGUCAGUCUCACGCCGACCACCCGAUGGGAAAGACGUCUGGGGGCCGUCCUGAGGCAGGAGUCCGCGCGCACAGAGUUAAUAACCGCAGGGAGUCCGGCGUGUCGUGGGGUCGGCGCGGGCGCGGGGUCGGGGGAGGGGGCGCGCGCGCGGGCAGCUCGGGCGCGUGGCGGCGGCGCGAGCGGCUCGCGCAGUCUCGCAGGCCCAUGGAGAUCCUCACCAGCCUCUAUGCGCUGCUGUCUGGCGGGCAAGGUAUUAACCCGAAGAUCGACUCUGUAGCGUUCCGCUUGCACUGCGGAGCAACCACCGCUGCGCUACUGGCAGCGAGCGCGGCUCUGACCACGCGCCAUCUCGUGGGCAACCCGAUAGACUGCAUACAUACGAGGUAA